AUGGCCCUCGCCGCCGAGAAGGGCACAGACUUCAAGAAGCUCAAGCUCCUGAAAAAGCAGAAGGAGGCUGAGAAGCGCAACGCUGCUGCUCGCGGGGCAGACAAGGACGACGAGAAGAAGAAGACCAUUGAGAUUGAGGCUGAGUUUGAAGACGAUGAUGAAGAAGACGAGGAGGAGGAGGAGGAGGAGGAGGAGGAAGACGAGGAACCUCAGUACGAUUUGAACGCCAUCAACGACAGCGACGACUCAGAUUCUUCAAUCGAGCUCGAGGAAAAGAUUGUUCGCAAGCCAAAGAGAGAUACACUCAAGAAAAGCGAAAUCGCAAAGCUAGCAGCUGAGAAAAAGGCCGCGGCCCAAGAGGACGAGGACGAGGAGGAAGAUGAAGAUGAAGAGGAUAUCCCCAUGUCUGAUCUCGAAGACCUCGAAGAUGAGGACAAGGAAGACAUCAUUCCCCACCAGCGCCUCACCAUCAACAACACAACCGCUCUCCUCGCCGCGCUGAACCGCAUCUCCAUCCCCACAGACAAGUCCGUCCCAUUCGCCACCCAUCAAUCCAUCAUCUCAACAGACUUGACCUCUGAGGCUAUCCCCGACGUAUCAGACGAUCUGCAGCGCGAGCUCGCCUUCUACAGCCAAAGUCUCGAGGCCGCUCGCUCUGCCCGCAAGCUUCUCCGAAAAGAAAAUGUUCCCUUCUCACGUCCCAAGGAUUACUUCGCCGAGAUGAUCAAGGAGGAUGCCCAUAUGGAGAAGGUCAAGGCUAAGCUUGUGGAGGAGGCGUCCAACAAGAAGGCUGCCCAGGAGGCUCGCAAGCUGCGCGACCUCAAGAAGUUCGGAAAGCAGGUCCAGGUUGCUAAGCUCCAGGAGCGACAAAAGGCCAAGCGUGAGACUCUUGAGAAGAUCAAGAACCUCAAGCGAAAGCGCUCAGAAACCGGUGGUGCUGGUCUCGACACCAAGGAAGCCGAUAUCUUCGACGUUGGUGUCGAGAAGGAAAUGAAGGGCCACAACCCUCGCGCAGGCGCUGGUCGCGGCCAAGUCGGCGCUGGAGCCAACCACAAGCGAGCCAAGAAGAACGAGAAGUACGGCUUCGGCGGCAAGAAGCGCCACGCCAAGUCAGGCGACGCCAUGAGCUCCGGCGAUCUCAGCGGUUUCGACCCCAAGAAGAUGAAGGCCGGCAGCAGAGUUUCCAAGUCUCGGCCCGGCAAGGCGAGACGGAAGGCCAUGGGCUCUCGGUAA